AUGGCACCGGUGAUCUCGUCCCUGGCCGUUGCGGCGGCCGCCCUCCUCCUGCUCCCCCUGACAUCCGCCGCCCCCAAUGACACCUUCACCCGCAACGGCCUCACCUGGUCCCGCGGCCUCCGCAUGAACCAGAUCCAGGUCGUCGGCACGCACAACUCGUACCACCGCGAGUCCCCGCUGGAGGAGCGCGACACCCAGAGGACCAUCCUCCCCGACACCCAGAACUACUGGUACUCCCACCCGGCCCUCGACAUCCAGGCGCAGUACCAGUCCAUCCGCAACUUCGAGCUUGACAUCUUUGCCGAUCCCGAGGGCGGGCAUUAUGCUUCCCACCUUAUCCGCGAGCUGGCGAAUCUUUCCACCACCCCGGACCCGGACCUGCAGCAGCCCGGCAUCAAGGUGCUCCACGUCGCUGACGCCGACUACCACACCACCUGCAAGACCUUCGUGGGAUGCUUGCAGGUUGUCAAGAAAUGGAGCCAGGCGCAUCCCGACCACGUCCCCAUCCCCUUCAUGAUCGAGUUCAAGACCGCCGAGGAGGCCUAUGCUGCUGAGGGUGGCGCCGCGCCGAUCCCGUGGAACAACACCGAGCUCCUCCAGGGCCUGGACGACGAGAUCCGCAGCGUCUUCGCGGCCGACGAGCUCGUCACGCCCGACGACAUCCGCCGCGGCAACCUGACGCUGGAGCAGUCCGUCCUGCAGCACGGCUGGCCCGAUCUCGAGAGCGCUCGCGGCCGCGUCUUGUUCCUGAUGGACAACGGGCCCGUCCACCCCGUCCGCGACGCCUACACCCUUGGCAAGCCCAACCUUGAGGGCCGCGUGCUCUUCACCAACUCCGCCCCGGGCCAGUCCGACUGCUCGUUCCAAAAGCUCAACGACCCGACUGGAGCCGAGCAGGCGAACAUCCAGGCGCAGGUCAAGGCCGGCUACUGGGUCCGCACACGCGCCGACGUCCCUCUCGACACGCUCCUGUCCAACGACACCACCAGCAUGCGCGACCAGGCCUUCACCAGCGGCGCGCAGGUUGUGUCGACCGACUUCCAGGCCUACGGCAUGAGCUCCCGCUGGGGCGUCGACUACGCUGCCCGUCUUGACAAUGGGCUGGCCGCGCGCUGCAACCCGGUAACCGCCGGUACAGGAUGCGAGGAUGCGAAGCUUGAGCCUGCGGAGUACAUUCACAACUAA